AUGCGCAAGCUCGAGGGAUGUCAUUUCAAAGAGGCAACUGCAAUGGAAUUAAUGAAACAGUUGGAAGAAGCACACAAAGAAGCUCGCAUCCAGGCGGAAAAAGCGCGUGAACGAAAAAAGAUUGAGCUGCGACAACAACAGCAACAACUUCGAUCGGCCAGAGCCGAAAAUCAGGUUCAGUCCGUUCAAAAGAUGAGACCUUGGCGAGCAACAAACAAACAUCCAGAGGAGAUCCGUCGCAUGAACUAUUUUGAUAAUCGAUCUCCGGAUCGUGUUGACCAGGUCAGGCUGGAACAAAAACGUAAUCACAGUGCCGAUACACUACUACCCCGUGUUGGAGAUGCAUUGGAGUUUGCCGGGGAAACCUUACGCAGUUCAAUGAGCACGCGCCGAACGUUGGAGAAGACUCGAGCAACCCAAGUUAAUCCGAUGAUUGUAGGCCCCAAACUGCCAUGGCGCCCAACCUCACGUCGACCGGAACGUUACUCACCGACCGAUGUGUACGAGACAAGAAGGCAGUUUAGAGAAGUACGAGGUUUUUUGCGUCGUCAGAGUGCCUCGGCUGGACCAUCCAAGUCUCCUCGUGUAUUCCGCAUGGUUGGUGACGACGGGUACGCACAAGGCACACUUGAGUGCGAUAAACCUAGACGGAUUAUGUCGGCACAAAUAAGCACCCUUGGCACAAGAGCGCACGCCAUCAGGCUGUCCGAAAGUGAGAUUGCAUUAGAGGAUUUACCUCCACCUCCGACCUAUUUCGGUUGUGACGAGACACAACACAUGCCAAACAUGCAAAGUGCCAGUCCAAACCAACCACUUAGCAUACCAGUGUCGGCCUCCAUGUCCCCGAACCCGUUGGCACUGUUGAGUGAACGGGAGCUUCAGGGUCCGAAUGCACACGCUGAGGCGAAUUCCAUCGGUUUAGACAAAUUACCAACCAUGAAUAUUCAACCGAAGCCUCUCCCGACGGAUCAUGAACAACGUCGGCUGUGUAUAUCCAGAACACCGCCAUACCCAACCGAACAGCACACUUCGUUAUGGAAACAAAAUGGCUCGAUGCAGUCGUUCAAAUCAACCGAACCAGAAAUUGGCACAAACCGAUUGAAUGAUAACGACGAACCGUUUUCUACAUUGAAAGCAGUAACGUGUGAACGACCACCGGCAUAUACUUCGCAACAGUCAGAACCAAACAGCCUAAGUGGGGACACAGUCAUACCCGAACCGAGACCGCGAAAAACAACUGAUCGAAAACCGGGUGAAAAAUAUACAGGUGAACUGAAUUGCAGUCUUCAGUCUAUGGACAAUCUGUAUACGAACAUAGUCAUUGAGAAAGUUGAUUUGCCCGUUAUGCAGAUCAACUGCAAUAGUGAAAAUGGACGUACUCAGUUCUGUUGA